AUGCUCAAUGCUCUCUCUGGAAUACACAAAAUGUGGACACCAAGUUCAGGAAAAACGCAUGAUCCCAAUAUCAGACUGCUGGUCUUCGGACGAGCGGAGCCUGAUAUCCGAGACACUCUUGACGAGUUUUCCUGUAUCUCCAUUGCUGCAACGUCCUCAGAUCUGCAGUUAUUCGUCGCCGCCCAUCUGAACACGAUCAAGACAAAGAGCAUGGACUUAAGAGAAGACAUCGUUACCACUCUAACGCAAGAGGCGAAUGGCAUGUUUCAAUGGGCAAAACUCCAGGUCGACUAUCUUUCCAGGCUACCAAAUGAUAGGGAAAGACGAAAAGCGUUGAGAUCUCUUCCACCUGAUCUCCCGGCUACAUACGUAAGAAUACUAGAGAGUAUCGACUCUCAUUACCCGGAACAAACGAGGGUGUACAUUCGGCGUGCGCUUAAGUGGCUUGUAUUGGAAGAAACCCCGCCCAGUUCAAGACAAAACCUUUUGACCGACGGUUAA